AUGGCGACACAGAAGAAACCGCCGGAAUCUGAGCGUCCACCGUCGGCGAUCUUGCACCAACAAACCUCCCCUCGCUUCCCAUCGGGUACUCCAGCGUCCAGAGCGAAUCGGAGAAUCGCAAUCGCCGUCGAUCUUAGCGACGAGAGCGCCUAUGCCGUGAACUGGGCAGUCCAAAACUACCUCCGCCCUGGCGACGCCGUGAUCCUCCUCCACGUCCGACCUACCUCCGUGCUCUAUGGUGCCGAUUGGGGCGCUAUCGAUCUCUCCAUCGACACCACCGACGAAGAGUCGCAGCAGAAGUUAGAGGAUGAUUUCGACAAUUUUACUACUACGAAAGCGAAUGACUUGGCUCAGCCGUUGGUUGAAGCUCAAAUUCCGUUUAAGAUUCAUAUAGUGAAGGAUCAUGAUAUGAAGGAGAGGCUUUGUUUGGAGGUGGAGAGGUUGAGAUUAAGUGCAGUGAUUAUGGGUAGCCGAGGGUUUGGGGCUUCGAGGAGGAAAUCGAAGGGGAGGCUUGGGAGUGUGAGUGAUUAUUGUGUGCAUCAUUGUGUUUUUCCUGUGGUUGUUGUCAGGUAUCCUGAUGAGAGAGAUGGAGGUGUUGGAAAUGGUAGUGUGGGUUCUGAGAAGGUGGGGGAGGAGGGUGAAGGGUUACAUCCAGUGCCGGAGGAGGAGCUGGUUUAUCAUGAUGCAUCAGAUAAAACUGCAGGUUAG